GCAUUCAUAAAUCACCUGAAAAAGUGAAAGCUAUAUUAGAAGCAAAAAUCCCAAGUAACGUAUCUGAGUUAAAAUCAUUUUUAGGGCUUGUUAACUAUUAUAGAAAUUUUGUAGAAAAUGCAUCUAGUAUACUUAGCCCGCUUCACGAACUGUUGCAAAAAAAUGUAUCAUGGGUUUGGAAACAGGAACACAGCGAUGCAGUCGACAAGAUAAAAAAGGAAUUAUCGUCGGAUAAAAAUUUAGCACAUUUUAAUCCGGACGCAGAGUUAUUUUUGACUGUAGAUGCAUCGCCUUACGGACUUGGCGCUAUUUUGUCAUUAAUAGUAGAAGGGGUUGAAAAACCGGUUUCAUAUGCUUCGCGAUCCUUGACUGCUGCAGAAAAAAGAUAUAGUCAGAUAGAGAAAGAGGCAAGUGCUAUUCUGUUCGGAAUUCGCAAAUAUCACCAAUAUUUAUAUGGACGAAACAUUCCAUUUACCUUAAGGACAGACCAUAAGCCACUUUUAUCUAUAUUUAAUCCUGAGAAAGGAAUACCUGAAGUUUCGGCAAAUAGGCUACAAAGAUACGCGAUUUUCUUAUCGGCAUAUAACUAUAAGAUUGAAUAUGUGUCAAGUUCACGUAACUCAGCUGAUUUCUUGAGCCGAGCGCCGCACGAGAAACCGGUUUUGCACGUAGACGACAUAGCCACCAAAGAUAAUUACGUCAAUUUUGCUUAUGAGGGCGAUAAUUUUUUAUCAUUAAAUGACAUAAAAAUGGGCACGCGACUGGACGACUCGCUUUCAAAAGUAAUUAAUUUUAUUUUAAAUGGGUGGCCUAAUAAAAUUCAAAACACACUGCUAAAACCAUAUUAUGAUAACCGUAAUGAGCUAGCUGUAGAAAACGACCUAGUUCUGAAAGGUCAUAAACUAGUAAUACCGCAGUCUAUGAGAACAAAAAUAAUUGAGGAGUUACAUAGGGGCCAUUUAGGUGCGCAUAAAAUGAAAGCGCAAGCCCGUGACAGGUUUUGGUGGCCACGCCUCUCACAGGAUAUCGAGGAGUGUGUCGCGACGUGCCGCGUGUGCGCGGCGCUGCGGCCGGCGCCGGCGCGGGCGCCGCUCACGCCGUGGCCGUUCCCGCCGCACAGCUGGCAUCGGGUACAUAUGGACUUAUUGGGGCCCAUAAACAAUAGAACUUUUUUAGUCAUUGUAGACGCGUUUUCAAAAUGGGUCGAAUGUUUCGAGGUGUCUAAUAAUUAUAGUACUCGCGUAAUUAUAGAACGGCUAAGCGAAGUAAUGGCAAGGUUUGGAAUAUUUAACGUUAUUUGCAGUGACAACGGGUCCUAUUUCAUAUCUAAAGAAUUUAAGGAGUUUUGCGCUCGUAAUGGAAUACAACAUAUAACUUCACCUAGUUAUAGCCCGGCCAGCAACGGUCAAGCGGAAAGCUAUAUUAAGAUUAUUAAACGGGCUAUUAAAGGUAUAAUAAUGUCGGGUAGCAGCGGGAAGGAUUUAAAUGUAAAAAUUCAAGAAUUUUUAUUCCAUUACAGGAAUUCCACACACAGCACUACAGACAGAUCCCCUUCUGAAUUAUUAUUUGGGCGGAAAUUAAGAAGUAGAUUGGACUUGAUAGCUCCACCAGUCGCAUCAUCCAGCGCACCACUCGACGUACUCGUCAAAGAAAAACAAUGUCGACAGAUUGAACAAUAUCGUGGUUCCCGUAAAGUGAAUUUUGCGAUUGGUGAGCAAGUGUUAGUGCAGGUUUAUAUUAAUCAAAAUAGACAGUUAGUUAAAGGAAAAAUAUUAAAAAAACUUGGUUCUUCAGUAUAUAUAGUACAGCUAGUAAACCUUAACCGAAAUGUAAAAAAACACACGAAUCAAAUUUUGAAAUAUAAGGGGGAGGAGGAACACGUGUUGUAUGACAGCCAACCGGCAGUUCCUGCGACGGUGCAACCAAGGGUCACUGAGUUGGCUAAAUUGUCACAGCCUUCACCGGCAGCCGACUCCGUGGCAGAUGACUUCCAGAUACCCGUUAUUUUGAAGGAGCAUCCGGCGAUCACAGAGAUGUCACAAACAGCACCUCCGACUGAUCACAUACCAGAUGCUGGCACAGUAGACAACCAGCCGGACCAGGUCGAGCAAGAGGCAGACGGCGACCGCUCUCAGGAGUACGAAGACGCUCAACCCGAGACUCCCAACAGUAAUAGCGAGACAACUGUGCCUCCUGUCGAACCGCAGGCUACUGAGCCUAUUGGAAAGCGGUUAAGGAAAAUUGUAGACUAUAAGCAAUUCUUUUAGGCUAGUUUUAGUUAACUUAAACUUAAAGGAAAGUUUGUAACUUUAGGAAUAUUGGUGGAGGGAUGUUAGAUAUGUGGGUAGUCUUAGAAAGACGGCGGGCUGCGCACCCACCGAAAUCAGUCGAAUACAGCUAUCAAUGUAAAUGGCCGGUGUUUAAUUUGUCUCCGCUUUCGGCUCCCUUAUUCGAGAUUUAA